CUUUUUUUUGUUGUUGUUGUUUCCUUUAUAAUUUAAGUGAGUGAGAGUAUACACUUCAUUUUCAUUGAUGAUUCUCUUCUUUCUUUGCUCCCCAAUUUUCACCAGAGAUCCACCAAUGUCCAUACUUUCGAAACUCAACUCUACAAAUUUAACCUAAUUUUCUCUCUCCCCAGCUUCCAAUUCAAGAAAAAUUUAUCGCCACUUCAUCGAGCACUCUACAUAAUUUUGUAAUUUAGGUUUUAUUUAUGUUGAAUCGGAUCCAGAAUCCCCGAUUUUUGCUUCAGAUCAGAGGACAAAUAUAGGGCUUUUUGAGGGUUUUUAGUUCUAGUUGGUUGGAAGAAGUUGGAGUGAGAAAUUGGAAAAUUUUAUUGGGGAAGUUUGGGGUUAAGCUUGUAAUUGAAGUUUGAAUUAGGGUUUAUUGGGGCGUUUCCUUUUUGCAUGUAUCAAUUAUAGGUGGGGGUCCUCUGCUUCCGUGGAGGAUCCCGUGAAAAAAGUUUUUCCUUUAUCGGUUGUUUGAAAAUUUUGAUGUAAUGUGCACGGAGUGAUUUCUAAAGGGGGAUAUAGUAUUUUUUCCCUUCUAAUUAUUUUUGGGACUGAAAGAAUUUACUGGGAGUUCUGUAGCUAGAGGGAAAAUGUUUGGGGGAGGUGGAGGCAAUGGACUGACUAACAGUAGGGGUGCUGGAGGUGGAGAUACAAUUUUGAUACCAACAAGGUUUGUGUGGCCGCAUGGUGGAAGGAGGGUGUUUGUGAGUGGUUCUUUUACCAGGUGGACAAAUCACAUACCAAUGUCACCAAUGGAGGGUUGCCCAACAGUGUUUCAGGUUGUUUAUAACUUGACACCAGGAUAUCACCAGUUUAAAUUCUUUGUUGAUGGGGAAUGGCGCCAUGAUGAGCACCAACCAUUCGUAAGCGGAAAUUAUGGAGUUGUGAACACUAUUUUCUUGCCCAGUGAAUCUGACAUGGUUCCUACAUUUUUUAGCCCUGAGAUGCCUGGAAGAUCUAAUAUGGAUGUUGAUAAUGAUCCUUUUCUUCGUGUGGAAAGAGUUCCAACUAUAACACAGAAUGAUAUAGAGCUAUCUAGGCAUCGAAUAUCAAUGUUCUUGGCAAUGCACAAUGCUUAUGAGCUGCUUCCUGAUUCUGGCAAGGUCAUUGCUUUGGAUGUCAAUUUACCAGUGAAGCAAGCAUUUCACAUUCUUUAUGAGCAGGGAAUCUCUGUUGCUCCAUUAUGGGACUUCCGCAAUGGUCAGUUUGUUGGUGUUCUCAGUGCAUUGGACUUCAUUAUGAUUCUUCAAGAGCUUGGAAAUCAUGGAUCCAAUCUGACAGAGGAAGAGCUGGAAACACAUAGUAUAUCAGCAUGGAAAGAGGGAAAGUUGCAUCUUAUGAGGCAAAUUGAUGGAAACUUGCGACCAUAUCAGAGACGCUUGGUGCAUGCUGGGCCUUAUGAUUCUUUAAAAGAUGUGGCUGUCAAAAUUCUGGAAAACAAAGUUACAACAGUUCCCAUUAUUCACUCUUCUUCACAGGAUGGUUCAUUUCCUCAACUUCUCCAUUUGGCUUCUCUAUCUGGAAUACUAAAAUGUAUUUGCCGACAUUUUAGACAUUCUUCCAGUUCCUUGCCUAUUCUUCAGCAACCGAUUUCUUCAUUUCCUUUGGGUUCUUGGGUACCUAAAAUUGGUGAUUCCGAUGGAAAGCCAUUGGCAAUGCUGAGUUCAAAUGCAUCACUUAAUGCUGCCUUGUCUUUGCUAGUUCAAGCUGAAGUUAGUUCAAUACCUAUAGUGGAUGAGAAUGACUCCUUGCAGGAUAUAUAUUGCCGUAGUGAUAUAACUGCUUUGGCGAAAGACAGAGCAUAUGCACAGAUUCAGCUCAAUGAAUUGAGUAUUCAAGAGGCAUUGCAACUGGGCCAAGAUGCGAAUGCUCCUUACAAUGGGCAGAGAUGCCAGAUGUGUUUGCCAUCUGAUCCAUUGCAUAAGGUGAUGGAGCGGCUAGCACUUCCUGGGGUGAGGAGACUUGUCAUAGUGGAGGCUGGUAGCAAGCGUGUAGAAGGGAUUAUUUCAUUGAGUGAUGUGUUCAAGUUUUUGCUUGAUUAGCCAACUAGACAAAUGUCUGGCAAGGGUACUUUGUGCUAAGUAGUCAUUACUUACUUAGAGCAAGUAUAGCAGCUCUGCUAUGGUUGGAAGUUGCUUGAUGCAAUUGUGGUUGUCAUAUAUAUUUUUAGCGUCUCUCUAGGUGCGCUCAAACUUUGAGCUUCACCUCUUUUAGGAUACAAGACCGGUAGAAAGGAAAAAGAAAGAGAAAAUUUCUGUAAAUUUAGAGGACCCAUUUUUCUUCACACCUUUAUGUUCUAAUUGUUUUCAAGCCUACCAUUUACUUCUCCUUAUUUUUAGCUAUAUAUCUGCGAGAAGUUCCUUUGUCCU